AUGGAGGCCCUGCGGAGAGCGCACGAGGCGGCGCUGCGGCUGCUGCUGAGCCGGCCCUGGGCCGCGGGCGCCGCCGCCCGCCCGAAGCCCCGCGCCUCGGAGGUGCUGACGCAGCACCUGCUGCAGCGGCGCCUGCCGCCCUGGACCUCCUUCUGCGUGCGCUACAGCGCCGUCCGCAACGACCAGUUCGGCCGCUCGCACUUCAACUGGCCGGUGCCGGGCGCCAACUACCAUGUCCUGCGCACCGGCUGCUUCCCCUUCAUCAAGUACCACUGCUCCAAGGCGCCCUGGCAGGACCUGGCGCAGCAGGACCGCUUCUUCACGGCGCUCAAGGUCGUCAACCUCGGUAUUCCAACUUUAUUAUAUGGACUUGGCUCCUGGUUAUUUGCUAGAGUCACAGAGACUGUGCAUACCAGUUAUGGACCAAUAACAGUUUAUUUCCUAAAUAAAGAAGAUGAAGGUGCCAUGUAUUGA